UCUCUACCGACAAACAGAACGCGGAGAUCAAAAAGUCACUGUGAGAGAGAGGGAGGCAGCUGUUGUAUACACCUAAACCCACAGCAUUCUAUGUGUAUAUAUACUUACGCACACAUGACGCAACCCAUAAAAAAAUCCGUCUGUCUCUCUCUCUCUCUCAAUCUACAUUAUUCUCUCCAUGGAUAUCUCCGCCGAUACUUCGGUUUCCGGCGGAGGACCGGCGGGUCCCCCGUUGGGCGAGUUCGUGCCCGGCGAGCCCGCGGAAGGAGGCGAGGAUGUGAGCCUGGAAUGGCUGUCCAUCUAUAUGGAGGACUGCCUCUCUGGCACCACAAGCUACACCACCACCUCCCAGCCCCUCCCACCUCCCACCACAAGCCAUGAUACCCCGUCUCCAAAGCCCCCACAGCCUCAAAACCCCACAAAAACCUCCUCCUUGGAUGACCUUGCCAUCCCAGCCAAGGCCAGAACAAAGAGAAGGAGAGUCACCACCCCAAAAGCCCUCACCUCUCAAGACCCACUACUCUUCUUCCACCAGACCUGCUGGCUCGCAGACAGCGAGCUCAUCCUCCCUAAAAAGGAGCAGGAGGAUGAGGCACCAGCAGUGGAGUCAUUGGAGGGGGGAGGAGGGGGUGAGGCAGGGGAAAAGAUAGGAAAAGAACUGCAGAUCAGGAGGUGCUCCCAUUGCCUCUCUCACAAGACACCCCAGUGGAGAGCAGGGCCUUUGGGGCCCAAGACCCUCUGCAAUGCAUGUGGGGUGAGGUUCAAGUCAGGGAGACUGCUUCCCGAGUACAGGCCGGCGAAGAGCCCCACCUUUGUGAGCUACAAGCACUCCAACUCCCACAAGAAGGUCAUGGAGAUGAGAAUGAUGGCCAUUCUGUCCUCCCAAUCCAACUGAGUGAGUAGGUUUGAGCUUGUGUUGUAGGAACAAAAAGCAAAGGUAGAAGGUUUACUGCCCACUUGUAUUGCAGAGGCUCUGCUUCUUUGAAAACUUCCUGUUCUAUUAAGCCUAUGUGGCUGGUUCCUAUAUAGUUUUCAUUAGCCCUUCUUUUCUUUGUGCUUUUCUUUUGCUAACUCUUAAAUUUUGGGUUAUAUGUUGUUGUUGUUGUUGUUGUUUACGUUUAUGUUAUUCUAUUGUAAUUUGCAGAGAUGGGAGUAGAUAUUGGAUAAAAAUGGAAUGGGGUACUCUUUUCUUUUAUGAA